AUGGUGAGAAAAAGUAAAGGUCGUCAAAAGAUAGAGAUGGUCAAAAUGAAAAACGAAAAUAACCUUCAAGUUACUUUUUCAAAAAGAAGAUCUGGUCUUUUUAAAAAAGCUAGUGAACUUUGCACACUUUGUGGUGCAGAAAUCGUUGUUAUUGUGUUUUCACCUGGUCGAAAAGUGUUUUCUUUUGGUCAUCCAAAUGUUGAUUUUGUAAUUGAUCGCUUCCUAAAUCUUAAUCAACUGCAUCCUCACCAACACAACAACUUGCAAGUUAAUGAAGCACGCAGAAACGCAGUUGUGCGAGAUCUCAACAACCAUCUUGCUCAGGUGACCGCUGAAUUGGAAGCAGAGAAAAAGAGAGGUGAAGAGUUGAAGCAAAAGAGAAAAGAUAACAAAAGGCCUGACAAUUGGUGGGAAAAUCCUAUAGAAUCACUCAGCUUAACUCAACUCAAUGAUUUCAAGUCUGGUUUGGAAAAUUUGAGGAAGACUUUGACAACUGAAGCCUCCAAAUAUCUUCAAGCAACGGUUCCUCGUCACAACUUCUAUAUUGGAAGUUCUAGUAAUGCUGCUGCUGGGAUCUCUGGCGAUGAUGGUAAACUCAACAUUGAUUUGGAUCUUUUUAACCAUCGAAGAAUGGCGAGCAUGAACGGAUUCAAUUACAAUCCCAACAUGGUUGUUCCUGAUCAUACUGCAACAACAACGUUUGCGAAUAGUGGUAAUAAUACUGAAGGGUUCGCUCUAGAAUACAAUCAAAACCAGAACCAGUAUUGUUUCAAACAAGAACAGAUUUCUGAAUGUGACCAGCAUCCAGAUCAUCCUCCUCGUCACUUUGGGCAUGGUUACUAUUAA